CAUUAUGGAGCUUAUAAAAGGACCUGGGCUACCUUGUCUUAUUGGCCCCUAGAGAAAAAGAGGGAAAAUUCUACAACACAAGAGAGGCAAACCCCAGAUAGACAUUGCACAUCACAAACAUUGUGUUUCUUUAGAUUACCGAAAAUGGCUCUGGCUCACUUCAGCACAAGCGUGGCCAUGCUGUUGGCCAUCUCUGUGAGAUCCUGUGCUUCCUUUAAUCUCUUAGGCAACGUGGCCCUGAAAAGUAAGGUGGUGCAGUCUUCAACUUGGUCAGACAGCGUGACGUCAUAUGUUGCAACGUAUGCUGUCGAUGGCAAGAAUGAUUUGAAUGACCAAAUGUGCGCGUGCACCAAAUCCGAGACUCACCCCUGGCUGAGGGUAGAGCUGCCACGCAAGUACGUAGUAGUCCGAGUUGCUAUUGGUUACCCUGAAAACUGUUGCCAAACCAGCUUCACUGGCGCCCAGAUCCACGUCGGCAACAGCUUGAAGAACAAUGGCAAUGACAACCCGAUGGUGGCUGUAGUGGAUUCCGUCAGGGUAAAUGCGAUACGCAAGGUUGAGUACAGCUUCCAACCUGUCAAAGGACGCUACGUGAACGUGAUGCUUCCAACUGAAAAUAAAUACCUGCUGAUUUGUGAACUGGAAGUUUAUGCCAUUGAUGCAGACUAUAUAUUUUCAAAGAAGGUGAAUUUGGCGCUGAAAGGUAGAGCGACACAGUCCAGCCUGAAAAAGGGAGAUUCUGCCGGCUUUGGACUGGCUCAGCAUGCUAUUGAUGGGAAUCGGAACCCAGACCUGAAUAAAGGCUCCUGCAGUCACACAGAGCAGGAGAAAGAUCCCUGGUGGAGGAUUGAUUUGCUGGGCAAACAUUUUAUAACGUCUGUGUCUCUGACCAACCGAGGAGACUGCUGUGCCAAUCGGCUGAAUGGGACUGUGAUACAUGUUGGAAAUUCUCUGAAGUCUGAGGGCCAGAAGAAUGCUGUCUGUGCCAAAGUGUCCUCUCUUUGUGCUGGACAAACGAAGACUUUUUUCUGUAGGAGGCUGAUAGAAGGCCGUUAUGUUACUAUAGUUGUACCAGGAGAGAACAGGAUCUUGACUUUGUGUGAAGUGGAGGUGUAUGGAGUGUAGAAAGACAUUUAAAUAAUCUGGGAGAUAAACCCUUUUUAUGCAUGCUUAUUAUACUAAAGGACAUCCAAUUUAGCCACUUUUUUUUUAACUUGUGGUUGGUAUCCAGGCAUGUCUGUGUUGUUCAUCAGAUGUUAAUGAAUACUUUUGAUGCAGGAUAUACCAAAGCUUCUGAAUUUGCAAGCAAUUGUUGGUUUUUCUCACCCUACCACUAGAUGGCACUCUUUCCUCAGACUACAAGUGUGAAUAAAUUGUUAGAAAUGGCAAAAAUAUUUACAAAUGUUAUAAUCACAUGAUACAACGCUACAAAUGUAUGCUCAUAAUCACAUGAAAUAGAAUAAAAUCAAACCUCCAAAUACA